AUGCGUUGGAGUUGCUUCAAGCCAUGGCGUCGCUCGCCAUCUGCGUCGGUUAAAUCCACCGUCGUCGAAGAAAUGGGUAAAUUAUCUAGUUUAUCCCCUGACCAUGAUCAAGAACCUGGUAAGAAGCCGUUUUCGUCUGCAGAUAAUAACAACAACAAAGACCGCGAGGGAAGCUCUUCUCCGAGAUUCCGUGAAUUCACUUUGGAAGAGUUGAGUGUCGCUACUGAAGGAUUCUCCGCCAGCAACAUCGUGUCGGAACACAACGAGAAGGUUCCUAACAUCGUCUACGAAGGGACGCUUAACGAUGGGAAAAAGAUCGCCAUAAAACGGUUUCAGAAACUUUCAUGGCCUGACGCUUCCGAGUUCAUCGAAGAAGCACAAGCAGUGGGAAAGUGUAGGAGUCAGUAUAUGGUCAGUUUGGUCGGUUGUUGCUCAGAGGGUCAAGAGAGGCUUCUCGUUGCUGAGUUCAUGCCCAAUGGAACGCUUGCAAAGCAUCUCUUCCACUGGGAGAAACGACCAAUGAAAUGGGAUAUGAGGUUGAAGGUUGCGGUACAUACAGCGAAAGCCUUGGAGUAUUGUAAUGAUAUGGGAAUAGAUUUGUACCAUGAUCUUAACACCUACAGAAUCUUAUUCGAUAAGGCUGGUAACCCUAGGCUGUCUUGUUUCGGUCUCAUGAAGUGUAUCAGAGAGGGUAAGAGUUACAGCACGAACUUGGCAUUUGCUCCUCCUGAAUAUUUGCGUCAAGGUAUUGUGAUACCGGAGAGUAGCCUAUUCAGCUUUGGGACCUUGUUACUGGAUCUUAUGAGUGGCAAACAUAUUCCACCAAAUCAUGCACUUGAUCUCUUCCGUGGCAAAAACUAUUUGGUGCUAAUGGAUUCUGCUCUAGAUGGUCAGCUAUCUGAUGACGAUAGGACAGAACUAAUCCACCUAGCAUCUCGCUGUUUGAAGACUGAACCAGAAGGGAGACCAAGCUUAAAGCUUCUUUUGUCGGCUCUUUCAGGACUUAAGACUGUCAAAGGAGAAAACACCCCUGCUCCAUCAUACAAUAAAACUUCAACAAAGCAGCCAUCGCGCUUGACCCCAUUAGGAGAAGCAUGCUCGAGAAUGGAUCUAGGUGGCAUACACGAACUGCUAGAGAAACUUGGAUAUGGAGAGGAUGAUGUUGCAGUCACAAAUGAGUUCUCAUUCCAAAUGUGGACGGGUGAUAUGCAAGAGAAUGCUGAUUACAAAAAGCAUGGAGAUGCAGCAUUUCGUGCUAAAGAUUUUGAAACCGCUAUUGAAUUCUACACAGAGUUCAUGAGUGGAGCACCAGCGGUAUCACCAACAGUGUUAACCAGACGGUGUCUAUGUUACCUAAUGAGUGAUAUGUUCAGUGAGGCUCUAAGUGAUGCGAUGCAAGCUCAGGUUGUGUCGCCAGAGUGUUCAACCCCUCUCUACUUACAAGCGGCUUGUCUCUUAAAGCUUGGGAUGGAAGCUGAAGCUAAAGAAGCACUUCAACAUGGCUCGGCUCUCGAAGCUUUUUAG